AGACAGAGUGAGAGGUCACUACUCGUUACAGCGAUCUCUGUGUUAGCUAACAGCAUGUCCUGCUUCUGUGUCCCAAUGACAGACAGUCUAGUUUAAAAUGGUGAAAACCAGCUUCACGUUGCGGUCAGGUAUUUAAGUGACAGUGAAAUAAACAAGGCUGAUAAAGUCUGUGAAGAUGCCAGCUGGUGUGUCUUGGCCUCAGUACCUGAGGAUGUUCAGUGCCAGUUUACUGUCCAUGUUUGCAGGAGCACAAGUCGUCCACCAGUACUACCUACCUGAUUUGAGUAUACCAGAGGUGCCACCAAAGCCUGGGGAGCUUAAGACAGAACUGCGGGGCUACCAAGCCAGAGAAGAAGCUGUUGCUGCACUGGAGCAGCUUAAAGCAGAACAAAAGAUGGACUGAUGGGGAAUUAUACAUCCUCUGUAUGAUGGACACUCAACCAAGCAGACUAUGUCCAACAGCUUGAGCCUGCAGUUGUCAUGUCUGGAAAAUCUGCAAUCUGUGUUUUCUUGGGACUGAGUGAAGUGGAGUGAAAUGCUACAUUGUUGGUGUCUGGCUUCUUGGGAUGUGGAUCUAAUCUGGAACGAGAUCAUUUGGUUUAUACAACCAUUGUUGUUAUACUUCUCUUCAUCCUUUUAAAUGUGCCUACAAGUGAUUAAAUAUGUAAGAGAAAGCUUCGUGAACACAUGGUAAUUUAUUCUGUUCAAGUGUACAAUCUUAUUUUUCCCCUAGCAGAUAAAUUGUAUUUGAUAUAAAACAUAUUAAACUAAACCUUUGUCAUUAA